AUGGCCUCUCGCCUCUGCUUUUGGGGUGGGAGUUUAGAGAAGAUCAUUCAGCGGGAUUUCUUCCCUGACGUGGAGAAGCUGCGAGCACAGAAGGAAUAUCUGGAGGCUGAAGAAAACGGUGAUUUGGAGAAAAUGAGACAAAUUGCUAUCAAGUUUGGUUCCUCCUUGGGUAGAUCGUCGAGGGACACCCCUGCACCAUAUGUUACUCCAGCCACGUUUGAAACCCCAGAAGUGCGUCAAGGUGGUCUUCCAGUGGGGAAUAAAUCCAAAGCUGGCAUCAAAGCUACAGAGGAAGGAGAAGCAGAAAAAGAUGAUAAAGAUGCACUUCCCAGCCUGGACAGCUUCUUAGCAAAACACACCAGUGAAGACAAUGCUUCGUUUGAGCAGAUCAUGGAAGUGGCCAAAGAGAAGGAAAAGGUCAAGCAUGCCUGGCUGUACAGUGCAGAGGAGGAGUAUGCCCAGCGCCGAACUGAGAACCUGGCACUUCCCUCAGCAGAGCAGCAAGCUCUGGAGAAUGUGAAGGCUGGGCUGGAGACCUGGGAGUACACAGCUCGGAACACCCUCAUGUAUUAUCCAACAGGUGUACCUGAUGAGGAUGAUGUGUUUAAGAAGCCCAGGGAAGUUGUGCAUCGAAACACACGUUUUGUGAAGGACCCUUUUAGCCAAGCUGUGAGCAAGUCACAGCUCCAACAAGCUGCAGCCCUCAAUGCCCAGUACAAACUGGGCAAAGUGGGACCCGAUGGGAAAGAGCUGAUACCCCAAGAGUCUCCAAAAGUGAAUGGAUAUGGAUUUGUAGCUACCCCCUCUCCUGCCCCUGGUGUGAAUGAGUCUCCUUUUAUGACAUGGGGGGAAAUUGAAAGCACCCCUUUGCGCCUGGAAGGGUCAGAAACACCCUAUAUGGACAGAACACCUGGACCAGCCUUCAAGAUCCUGGAGCCCGGGCGCCGGGAGAGGCUGGGACUCAAGAUGGCCAAUGAAGUGGCAGCUAAAAACCGAGCCAAGAAGCAGGAGGCAAUUCGGAAAGUCACAGAAAACUUGGCCAGCCUUACUCCAAAAGGACUAAGCCCAGCAAUGUCACCAGCUUUGCAGAGACUGGUGAACAGGACUGCAAGUAAAUACACAGACAAGGCCUUGAGAGCCAGCUAUACCCCUUCCCCAGCCCACACAGGAACUCCUGGCUACAAGACCCCAGGAAACGGGCCUCACACACCCACAAGCACCCCACAGCCUCCAGCAGUAUCUCAGACACCAGCAUCUCAGGAUACUACAUCCAUCACAGACAAUUUACUGCAGCUUCCUAAAAGAAGGAAGGCAUCUGAUUUCUUCUGAAUAUUCCAGUCAUCAGCAAGAUGAUAGUGAUGUGGCCCUGCUCAGCUGUCUGCAAACUGGAUGCUGUGAGACAUUGUUAGUGAGGGAGGGGUCUAGAUACAGCUGUGAGAACAGAAGCCAGCAGCUACAAGAUCUGGGACCAGAGCUACUCUAGAUUACAUAGCUGAAAUAGCCUGUGAUGUGCUUUUUGGAAGCAUCUCCUGCUGUGGUGUAACU